CCUGUACCGGCUAUUCUACGUCAGACUCCUCCGGUCAAGGAUUCAUGGCUUCAGCUCAAGUUUUAAUACGAAUGUGAAAGCUCAGGAAUGCUAAAUGUCAAGUUUUAGUCUUUUUAUUGCAAGAGAAGAUUUGAGGGAAACACUCUGACCGAGAGAAAGUGUCAAAAAGAACCAAAUUAAUUGUUUGUUUAAAGCAAAAAACUCAAGGUCCGCUUGGCUACUAGCUUUUCCCAGAGCUUUAUUCUGUAUCUUAAGAUCUUCCUCCUCCAGGGAUAGAGUUUACUCAGCUGUCAUCACAUGAUCGGAAUUUUCUCACGUGCAGCGGUUGGAAAGUAAGUAUUAUAUUCAGUCACACAAGUAUUGUAUUUUACUUGAGCAUUUAUUACUUUCUUCUGGUUUAUACUUAUACUCCACUACAUCUAUUUAACAGCUUUAGCUACUUUGCAGAUCCUGAUUAUUAAUACAAAAUAUUAUCAAGAACUAUCAUUAUAGAUUAUUAUAUGUAAUUAUUAUAUGUUAUAGAAGCUACCCAGGAGUAUACAAAGUAGUUUAAAUUAUGCAAUAAUAUAAUGUAAUAUAUAUUCUGAAAUGUUCUGUAGGCUAAGUAUUUGUUACUUAUGUUGAUAAUUAAAAUAUUUCUAUUUUUAAGUAAAAGUUGAGUAAAAGAGCUGAGUGGUUGUGAGACAUAAGUCAUAGGACCACCUGUUAACUAAGAUCAUGUGAUGACAAUCGAGCCGUCGCCAUGGCAACUGAGAAUACUCUAUCCUGCAAAGGAGGACUGCGAGAGAUGCAGUUGAAAGGUCGUACUAGGUGGACCUUGAGUUAUAAGAGUCUUUUGUUUCUUUAGUUAUCAGGGAGAAAAAAUCUGCGAGAUCUUCCUUUAAAAAGAAGUAGUCUAUUUUAGAGCUGACCUAAAUAUUAUGUCUCUCUGGCAUCCACAUUUUUUUACCCAAAUAUACCCUGUCUGGAAAUCCCCUACUUUAUACCAGCUAUGUUUUGGUCUGAUUUGUUAUGCCAACCAGUUGAAGGUUCAUCUGAUUGUCUCAUUUAUCAAAUUAAGUGUGUCCCCUCGGCCGACGAUGAAGACAGGAAAUUGUAACUCUCUUAAGGAGAGUGGUUGCUAUUUAUGUUUCGAUGACAACUCUGCCUCUGCACCCAAGGGAGAGACCAUCCCCAAUAUCUGCACUUAAUAAUGGAUUCAGGUUUCUAUUUAUACUCCCUCUCACUCUCUCUUUUGCUCUCCUCUUUUCUCUCUGACUGUCACUUGGCCAGCUCUCAUAAUAAUUAUAGCUGUUGGCCAUCAUAAAAAAAAAAAAGACUGUUACAGAAAUAACCAAGGCCUCUGCAGAUAGGCAGUUAUUUGAGGGAGUGAGAUGCGUGGGUAACUCUAACCAUCCAGUUGUAGCAGGGUAGACUCAGAUGUUUCUGUACCUCAGGAACUGGGCUACAGAAAGUAUAUCAAAUGUUGCCUUCAAGUUGAAAAGUUUUGCAGUCGGGAGGUUACAUUGAGUCAUUGAAAACGUACAGAUAGUGGGUCAUUUAUAGGCUGAUUCCAGUAUUUUUAGACCCAUUCAGUCCGAUAUUUUAAGUAUUACUGAAAGCCUGAGCCAUUAAACCGCCUGUUUAUUUGGUAGGGAAAGAUUGUGCACACAAACAUUUUGGUUACGGUUAAGCACUCUGGUUAAUGUAAGUCUGUCGUCAUGGUUACAGUCUCCUGGUUACAUUAGGUUUGUCUCCCAUCAUCGUGCCUGAUGAUCAGGCCCUAAUGGGAGCUAAUAUGUUCCAGUCUGGUCCAGUCUUUCAGGCUAAUAUAAUCUAGGAAUGAUAAGCAGCGUCCUCUGCUGGUGUGAAUCACCAACUACAGGAGGACUUGACUUUGAAGUUUGGUCAUUUUUCUCUAUGUUAAGAUUUUAACAUUCAGAAGUCAGUGUUACUUUACAUUCAUUGUGAAAAAGUGUCAGAUAAAUGUGAGACUAACCUUUAAGGGAUCUGUUGAAUGUGUGAUGAUGGGGGUAGAAAGAAAACAGUCAAAGGAAGAGGUGGCAGACAAACAACUACAGUGGUUCAAAGGGCUUUAUUCAAAUAUUUAAACAAAACAGGUUUAAUAUCCAGAAUAUAACUUCUUUAUACACACUAAAAAGUAAUUCAGUGUCACCACUUAAAUAAAUGCGUGGUUGCAAAAUAAAACUUCAAAUUUAUUGAUUCAGAUAAACCUUACUUUCAAACAUUAUGUUGAUGAGUUGUGUUGACAUAAACAAUGUGGAAACACUAGUUGGAACAAGUUAAUUUUUAUGAGAAGCCUAAUGAACUUAAAAACUUAAUUUAAUUUAAGUAAAUGGUUAUUAAAAAUACCUUUGUAGACUAUAACUCAAUGCAGUACAUUUGUUAUUUGUUGUUGAGCCAAAACAAUAUUUUAUGCACACUGUUAAUGGUUUCAGAGUGUAAAGUCAUGAUGUUACACACUCUGGUACAGUAGGUGGCGGUAUUCACCUUCAUCGUUGCUUUGCAGACAGCAAAACGGAGGAAGAGGAAGAAGAAAAAGUUUUGUUUACAGAUUCACUCAAACAUGGCCACCCUAGCAACCACUCAGUGCUCGGAAGAGGGAGACUCUCUCGUCCAGCAUCCCUGCACAUCAUCCCCGGGCAGCAGUGAUCAUGUGGAUGACAGACUGGCCAGACAGAAAGCUGCACAGUUUGUCAGGGAGGCUGAGAAGAACAGGAGGCAGAUUGAAAAGUUGGAGAAAGAGAGGACGCUGAGUGUUCAUUGCAGAAAGAAUGGCUGGAUAGAUGUGACAGGAGAACUGGAAGAGAAUGAGAAAGGGCUGGAGGAAGAAAGAAAUGCUGAAAAGAUGAAUCUUCAAAAGCAGCUUGUGAAGAUUCAUAAUGGUGUCCGGAAAUUUCAGAGGCAGCUGAUAGAUGUGAAGCCAACUCCUGAGUUGAUUGAAAGACUGAAAGAAAUAAUGUCAGAGGUGGAAAUCUCAAUUAACACCCUAAAGGAGGAACAGCGGUCAUGCUUUGAGGAACUUCUGAAGGAGGAGAGGGCAUGCAGACAGGAGAUCACUGCUUAUGAGAAGAAGAUUGAAAACUGGAACCUCGUUGUCAAAUCAGACCCCAAACUACCCACAGCUCCCACUGUCAAGACCAAACCUCCAGACAGAGACCUCCCUGCAGAGGUCAGAGCACUGGAGGCUUUCCUGCAGAAGACGGGAGGCCUUUAUGGUGGCUGGGACCAAUAUGACCACCAAACCUUCCUUAAAGUCUGGACAAAGCACCGUGGGCAAUCAUCUUACAGGAAGGAAGCCAAACUGUAUCUGCCUGGUAAAACACUGGAGGAUGUAGAGCAACAUGAGGACUGGCAUCAGGAGCUGAUUUACCUACAAGAUAGAAAGAGAGAGGCUAUUCAGCGAUGGAAAGCCAGCAGGCACCAGGAACGCCAGAUCAGGAUACAGAGUCAGGAGGAUGCGGAGGAGGUGGGAAAGAGAGAGAAGGAGGCCAAGAGCCAGGCCCGCCAACACAGGACUGAAGAGGAGAAGAGGGAGGCGGCCCGCCGACUAGAGGAGUGGAGGGAGGAGAAGAGAAGGCUUGAGGAACAGGAAAAGAAGCAGAGACUGGCUGAGGAGAUACAAAAGAGGAGACGGGAAAAGGAAGAGCGUCGCCGCCAGCUGGAAGUGAAGCUGACCAUUGAGGAGCAGCUACGGCUGCGGAGAGAGCAGGAGGAGCAGGAAAGGAGGAGAAGCAUAGAGGACGAAGAGAGGGAGAUGGAGGAAAGGAGAAAGGAGGCAGCAAAGGGCAUCAAACGCUUUAAUGAAAGGGAUCUUCACAAGGUGGAGGCAAAGCUUCAGGAGAAACAGCUGAGGGAAAAAGAGGAAGAUGAAAAACAGAGGAGAAUUGCUGCAAAGUUAAAGGAGAAGGGGGAUGGUCACAUCAGUAGAGACCCCUCCAGGCUUACACGGCCCACUAAGGGAUGGGAGGAGCGAAUGAAACACAUUGGACCUUCAGGAGGAGGGCCACUGCUACAGAUGUUUCACAGAGCUGUUCCCACUUGGAGACAAGGCCUGUGAUGAGCAACAAUGGAAGCCAACUGAACAGUCCUGACAUGAUUAAAAUUAAAAUGUACACAAUGGGACCUCAACCAGAUUUUAUUUGACUACUGUGUGCUGUUGUUGUGAGGUUUUGUACAAUCUAUGGAUUAAAUUAAAUUUUUAUAAAAUCGUUAUUUUAAAUGAAAAAAAAACUGUAUCAUUACAUUACAGUUGUGUAAUUUCAAACUUCUUGU